AAACCACUUAGCUCCGAACCAGACCCCGAUGGAAGCUCCCGAACAAUCUCUCCGUCCGGAGAAAUCCUUGGCCGUCGAAGAUCAAGGACUUGCCGUCCGAACUCUAGAUGACUCCCAAGCAGCAAAACCGGAGAUCAACGCUACGAUUGAGCUUCCCAACAAAUUGAAGGUUGAGAAAUCCGCCGUCGAGAAGGAACGUGAGGCUUUCCGGCAAGCAGUGGUCAAAACUCUGGAGCAUCGUUUGUUCUUCCAUAAAUCUUUCGAUAUCUACAAAGGUGUCGCUGGACUUUACGAUUUCGGUCCUCUUGGCCGUGAUGUUGAACUUAAUGUACUUAGCCUCUGGCGUAAGUAUUUUGUGAAUGAAGAGGAUAUGCUAGAGGUUGCUUGUACAGCUUUGACACCAGAGGUUGUGUUCAAUGCAUCUGGACAUGUGAAAAAGUUCACUGAUCUUAUGGUCAAGGAUCUGGUAGAUGGAAACUUUCACCGUGCAGACCACUUGGUCAAGGAUUAUUGUGAAAACCGAAAGAAAGAUCCUACCAUCUCUGCUGAGAAUGCUGCUGAAUUGGAUCAUGUUAUAUCUCUUGUGGAAGAUCUUUCUGCUGAAGAGCUUGGUGCCAAGAUCAAGGAGUAUGGAAUCACUGCUCCAGUCACGAAGAAUCCACUUUCUCAUCCUCCUCUCCCGUUCAACUUGAUGUUUCAAACAUCCAUUGGACCAACUGGUUCGUCGAUCGGUUACCUGCGUCCUGAAACUGCUCAAGGCAUUUUUAACAACUUUAAGAAGUAUUAUAAUGAGAAUGGACAAAAACUUCCGUUUGCCGUGGCUCAAGUUGGUCGAGUCUUUAGGAAUGAGAUAUCUCCUCGUCAAGGGCUUCUUAGAACUCGUGAAUUCACUCUGGCAGAAGUUGAGCACUUUGUUGAUCCUGAGAAUAAGUCACAUCCCAAAUUCCCUCAUGUAGCAAAACUCGAAUUCCUUAUGUUUCCAAGAGAAGAACAAGAAAAAACUGGCCAAUCUGCAAAAAAACUUCGCCUUGGUGAAGCUGUUGCCAAGGGCAUUGUGAACAGUGAAACUCUAGGAUACUUCAUUGGGAGAGUGUAUCUUUUCCUUACCCGUCUUGGCAUAGACAAAGAACGCCUGCGCUUCCGUCAGCAUCUAGCAAAUGAAAUGGCACACUAUGCAGCAGAUUGUUGGGAUGCUGAAAUUGAGUGUUCAUAUGGGUGGAUUGAAUGUGUUGGAAUUGCAGAUAGGUCUGAUUAUGACUUGCGUGCUCACUCAGACAAAAGUGGCGUUGCUCUUGUGGCUCAAGAGAAACUUGUAGAACCUAAAGAAGUAGAGAAACUUGUUAUUAAACCUGUGAGGAAAGAACUGGGUCCUGCAUUCAAGAGAAAUCAAGAGAAUGUGGCUGAAGCUUUGGAGGCGAUGAAUGAGCAAGAAGCUAUGAAGAUGAAGGCAACCCUGGAAUCCGAAGGGGAAGUGGAGUUUUACGUGUGUACCCUCGGGAAAAACGUGACCAUCAAGAAGAACAUGGUGUCAAUCUCAAAGGAGAGGAAAAAAGUGAACACGCGGGAUUUCACUCCGGUUGUGAUUGAACCGUCGUUUGGGAUUGGUCGGAUCAUGUAUUGUCUGUACGAGCACUGUUUCAGCACAAGGCCAAGCAAGGCCGGGGAUAAACAGCUGAUCGUGUUCCGUUUCUCUCCUCUUGUAGCACCUACCAAGUGCACGGUUUUCCCGCUUGUUCAAAACCAACAAUUCGAGGAAGCAACCAAAUUUAUUUCCAAGGAACUCAAAUCUCAUGGCAUCAAACAGAAGAUUGACAUCACUGAUAUAUCGAUAGGAAAGAGAUACGCGAGAUCUGAUGAGAUUGGAGUGCCAUUUUCAAUAACGGUGGACUCAGAAACAUCGGUCACAAUCAGAGAAAGAGACAGCAAAGAUCAAGUCCGAGUCAGCUUGAAAGAGGCAGCUUCCGUCGUGACCUCCAUGGUUGAGGAGAAGAUGACGUGGCAAGACAUUUGGGCAAGCUUCCCGCACCACUCUUCUCACUCUUGUGCUGCUGCAGACGAGUCUCGAGAUAAGCAGAGGAAAGAGGCGUUGAAGAUUUGGUGCAAGCUGCGACUCCGUGGUCACAACUCCACACCAAGUAUCCUCUUACAUCGUGCAUUAAGAAUCAAAAAGAGGGUUAAAGAUCAUGGCAUAUUUGUUCUUGCUCCUUGGAUCCUUGUUCUUCAACUCUUUGUGGCAGUGAUUGCAAUUGUGGGAUUCUAUUCUCAAGCUGUUCGUCUAGUGGCAAAUGCAGAAGUGACUGCACCAACAAGCCCAUUCCAACAACGACAUAUCAAGAAGAUGAAGUUAGUUCAGAUUUACAUUGUCUACGAGAUCUCUGGCGUCCCUCCCUCUCUCUUAACCAUGGUUGUCUUUCUCUUGUACCUCUCGUCCUCCGAUUUCUCUCCGUUUGGAGUCGAGAAUCGCAUCCUUCUCACUCUUUGCCUUCGUUGACCUUGAUUCAUCCUAGGGUUUUUCGAAUAUGAUUUCAUCUGUGAAGCUCAGGAAACAACUUGGUUCUCGCUCUCUGCCAUAUAACUCUUCUUCUUGUUAGAUUUUGUUUGAUUUAUUUGGUUCUCGGUUUCUUAUGGGCUUGAUUCGUACUUGGGUUGAUUGAUUUUGAUAAGUGUUUUUUGAACUGAUAUCAUGUUGAUUGAUUGGUGUUGAUUCUGGUGAGUUUGAUGGAGAUUAGAGAGCUAAUAGUCCGAUGUGUUUCUCAAAUGGUUCUUAGUCGAGUUAGUAAUGUGAAAUCUGGUUGGAAAAAUGUCUUCACGGUAAGUAACAGACGCUUUAGUUUCUCAAUUCCAAUAAACACUUCUUUAAUUA